UUCUCCAAGUACAACUAUGGCCGUAGAGCUAUGGGAAACACUGAAAGAUUCCAUCACAGGUCACGCUUUCUACUAUGUUGUCUCGGAAGAGAUGCCACCCACAGUUGAGCAGUAUGUUGGGUUUGAUUCUAAGAAGUUGGCAAUCAAGGGUCAGAUCUAUCAUAUUUCUCAGAAAAGGAAUUCGGUGUACACCUUGUGGAACCCUCUUUUCCUUUUUCUGGCUAUUUGAUUUUUGCCCAUACAGAUCUGAAUUGAAGGUUGCCUGAGUUGUAUAUCUUGGUUUCCUGCAUUUCAACUAUUAAUGUGGUAUGAGAUCAUCAAUGGUGUGAUAGUCUGAUAGAAGAAGACGCAACACAUAAGUUAAAGCCCUAUAGUUGAAAUGUGGGAGUGGUAUGCGAUAAGGAGAUACAUACCAGAGGAAAGAUAGGUUUUAUAAGACGUACAAUUGUGAGAUCAAUGAUGGCGAAUGUUGGGCAUCCGAGGUCCGACAUAUCAAAAAAUGAGUGUUGUAAAAAUGUGAAUGGUAUGAUGGUGUGUGGUCAUACAAAACUAGCCAAAAUAAGUGAUGAUUAUGACAAGGGACAAAUAGCACAUGUAGAAGAUAAAAGGAAAGAGGCCUUGCAUUAUAGUUUUGAAAUGUCUAUGUUAGAAGUUCAACUGCACCGGUGUGACAAGAUGAUGGUUGAAAGUUUUGAAAUGGAUAAGGACCUUUUAUGCCCAAACACUUGAGAGAUUGAAGCUUUUGUGAUGGAAGAGGGAGAUUCUUCUGUAAGGAGAUGGGAGGACCUUGAUAUUGAUAUCUUGGUGAAGAUACUCCAGUCUUUUGACCUUUUUGAGUUGACUGCUGGACUUGCUCAUGUUUGUAGUUCAUGGCGAUUGGCUUGUUCUGAUCAACUUCUCUGGAUGACACUGGACUUGUCGGUAUUAAAAUCAAAUUUCAUCAAAAUCCCGUUAGAGCCGUACGUAUAUGUGGAUUGUCAGUCUGAUAAAACAUUGACCAGCCUCCUGAAGAUUUGUUUGAACCUCAGUAGUGGAAACAUACGAACAUUAAUCUUCCAUUAUAAUUUGUAUGUCAGCGACGAUCAGUUGACUUAUACUGCCGAGAGGUGUCCACAUCUAAAACGUCUUGUUAUGCCUGCUUGGAACAGAAUAAAAAAGACAGGAAUAUGCAGGGCUAUUCAUAUGUGGGAAGAUCUUGAAUCACUGACGAUGCCUAGUAUAGCAAAUCCUCCGUAUGUCAUGGAGGAAAUUGCAAGGAGUUGCAAAAAUUUCGCUGAGCUCAAGAUUAUGGGGCCCUGUGAUAUGCUCUUUGCAUCUACACUGGUUUCAUUUCUUCCAAACUUGAAAGUGUUGAGUGUGAGGUGCACAGUGUUAUCUAAAAGUGCCUUGUUUAUUAUCUUGGAUGGGUUAAAAAAGUUGGAAGUGCUCAACAUAUCUCAUUGCGUAAUUACUGAAGACCCUCCACCUGCACCAAAGAAAAUUCUGGCCAAGCUUGAUGAAUCAAUUAUCAAAAAAGCGUCUAGGUUACACAAAUUCCUAACCUGCAUGAGUGACUCGUGCAUCAUGUGUCAGCGCACUCGAAAUGAUGAAGGGCUGAUGAGGUGGUAUAAGUAUGAAGAAGACCUCUGGAAAGUGGACGAGGUGAGAUCUCUUGCAAUUUGACAACUUUAAGAAUGUAUUGCUUCAUGAGUUAAAGGUCCAGUAAAAUAUGUAAACUUGUGUAUAUGAAACACAAUAAAACCUUGUCAUUUUGAAUGGACGCCAAUCAGCAUCCAGUUUGCUAGCAGCACGUAUUAUCCUUUUGGUGGUAAAAGGGAGAGUAGCUUUGUAGCAUAGGGAGACAUAUAAACAGUACUUCCAUGUAGCGUAAUGCUACUUCUGUGUUGUAAUUUUAUAAGUUUUAAGUCUUUCUCUUUGA